UUAACUACACACGUUUUCUCUCUUCUCCUUUUGCAGUCUUUGCCUCCUUCCCUCAGCACCUCAUUGGCUUAGUUUCUUCAACCUUUGAACACACAAAAAAAAUCAAUCUUUUCAAAUCUGAAUUCAUUUCCAAAUCUCCAAUCCAUUACCCUCUUGUUUAUUUGAUCUGGGCCUUCAUUUUUUCCUGCAGCAGAUCAAACCCUUGUCUGUUUUUUGUUCAUAGUACACCAAGACUUCACCUUUUUCUUUACUUAUCUUUGUUUAAAUUUCCAUUACUAUUGGAACUGUUCUCAUGCAGGUAGAAAAACUCAUCUCAAUACUGGGUCUUUAUUUGGUUCUUGAUUGGUGAAGCUGUUCUCUUGAUAAAAAUGGUUGCUUCGAUUUUGGAUGCAAAUCGAUGUUGUUUGAAGUUGUGAAGUCAGCUCCACUUGAAUAGUUUUCGUUUUGCUCGAAUUGCUGAUUUAGAAAGAUGGGUAGAGGGAGAGGGAAAGGGAAGAAAAAGUCUGCUACUGCUGCUCGCGAUGAUACUGGAAGUGGUGAGGAUGAGAAGUUGCCUAUAAGGAGAAGAGGGAGGCCACAAAAACCAAUGAAAGGUGAAAUUGAGGAGGAAGAUGGAGUUGAUAAGAUAGAGGAUGAAGACAACGACGUUGAGGAUAACAAAAGUUCAGUUUUGAGUAAAAGCGGCAAGAAUCAAUCUGUCAUGGAAAACGGCAGGAAGAGAAAGCGGCCUUCAAUGACCAAGGACAGUACAGAUUCAGUACCAGAGGAAAAUGGCAUGGGAACCAAAACUAAUGCCUCUGUCCUGAUCAAGUCGGUUGGCUAUAGGCAAAACGGAAGCAGAAGGAAGAACAAGCCCAGGCGGGCUGCUGAAGUUGGCGUUGAAUGCAAAUGAAUUUUGUACUGCACACUGGGAGCAAAAGCCUCGUCAAAUUAUAUUGGCCUUUUAGUAAUUGUUUUUUGAGUUUAUGUCCUUGAUAAUGCCUUUGAGAAAUUCGUUUUCACUAGUGGAGAAGAUGGCAACAAGUUUCUUGCACUUCUUGUUGUUAGAUGUCUGAAACUAGUUUAUUUAGACAAGUACUUCGUGUCAAGUAGCUAGAACCUUUGCUCCACUAACACUAUAAUGUUUCCAUUCCAUUCUGUACUAUGGUUCAAGAUUCAUAUAGUAAUUUUAAGUGAAGGUGUCGUUGUCCGUUUCUGCUAUAACUUGAGACUGGCAUUACAAAGAGAAGCCGGAUAGAACGCAGAUUAGCUCCUCCAGAGUCGUCUUCUCAUGAGAUUCAGGUAAAUUUUGAGCUUUCGUCAUUCCCUCAACCACAAUGAGUUGAUUUCCCUUUGUGUUGUGUAUUUCAUAUCUUUGGCCUUUCUGUUAUACAUUGCAGUCAUGCUUACUGUGAUGGAUAAGUGAAGGUUCAUUACUGGGAUUUGUGUUGUGAAAUUCUUGAUUAGGUUUGAUUCAGAUUCCUUCUUUCCCACCCAUCAACCAUUCUGACCAAGUAGUUACAAGAAAUUCUUGUCUGAACAUGGUGCUGUUGAACAAAUUAUAUGGCAAAUGAAUUACACUUUAUCGUAUGAUUGGCGUACGAGGUUAGAAAAAUAAUGAAUCACAUCAAAAGUAGUUUAAAACAUGUUGUAUGAUUCAUUGGAUACAGCAGAAUAUAGUUUGGACAAGAAUUUUAUAAAGGUUUAUGAUGUGGAAGUUGAGAGACAACUCUUCUUAAA